AUGUGGGCUACGGAGGGCAUCUAUCCAACAGCUGACGGAUGGUGCCCGCCCGCUUGGCCAACGAACGAGGAUGUUCUUGCACAGGAGGACCUCGAGAAGGCUAAGCUGAGGAAAAGCCUCGUCAAACGCACCGCCAUCGUCCGAGGGAAGCACAUCGAAACCGUAUUGAGCGUGGACUUCAUGGUGAGAUGGAAGUUUUCGCUGAUGGUCUGGCCUUUGAAGGAAAGCUCCAAGCUCUCCGGGCGCGGUGACAACCGCAGCUAUGUCUGCUGGGUGUAUUACGAGCAGCAGGAUGAGCAGUCAGUGUUCCGGGCAUUUGGCAAUGUGGACGUUAAGCUAAAAGACAGCGAGAAGGAGGUUGUUGAUCCCGAUACUGCCAUCAAGAACGAGCAGAGCAUCCUGCGAUGCAAGGACGGUGACAGCUUCCUGGGUAUGUUUGUGUGGAUGCGAGCUGCUUGUGCCCUUUCCUGGCAGGACCAGGUGUGCUUCUUCAGCAUGUAUGAGUGGGAUGCUCUUGCCGGAGGCGAGGAUGCCGGCACUGGAGCAGGUGCGAACGGCGAGGCCGUCCCAGUGUCCGCAGUCGCCCGCUACCACUUGCUUCUUGGCUUCAGCCACCGCGCUAUCGCCAUCCAUUGCCCUGUGCAGACGAGCCAGGCGGAUGACCAGGCCAAGAGAAGUGGCAAGAACUCACACUACGUGCAUGCAGCAUCCGCUUCACAUGGCCAAGCUGCACGCAACGUUGCUUUUCUUUCCUUGUGCUGUGACUGGCAGGUGACCUUCUACGAAGGCGAGCCUCCCACCGCCCUUCUCCGCGACAUGACGCAGACACUUCUCGCCGCAAAUCCUUGGCUGAGUGGACGGCUGCGGCGAGACAGGGCUUCUGGCACGACAGUGCUCUGUGUACCCAAAGAGACGCCCAGCGUUGAAGCGCACUUCACCGAGACCUCCAGGCGGCAGCUGACUCAACGGACUCCCCUGCAGAAAAUGCGCCGGCUGCUGGAAGCUGUCACCGUGCAGCCUGGCGUGGACUGUCUUGACACUGCAAGCCCUCUCUUCUACACGUCGGUUGUGACUAUAGCCCCAGGUAGAUUUGCCCUGGUCGUCUCCAUGAGCCACGUGCUUGGAGAUGGCUUCACGUACUACCGCAUCUUCGGUGCUCUGGACCAGCAGAAGAAGGAGAUAGGUGGCACAGUGUAUGCAGCUGGGGAAGGACCGGCGCGGGUCCGACUAAACCCCAUUCGAAAGCUUGAAUUCCCGGUGGCCAUGGCCCAGACCCUGGGGAUUGAGAAGGUUGCGUGGCUCAGCUCGCGCCGCGCACGCUGGGGCUCCAUCUUGGAUCGCAAGUUGCGGCCCAGGCACCGGUGGAGCGCCUGGGAAGUUGACUCGGCCUGGAUCGCCGAGGAGAAGCGCCGCCAAAGCUCUGCGGAAAGCUUCGUGUCAACAAAUGAUGUUUUGACCUCAUGCUUCUUGAGCAGCCGGAAAUUCGACUACGGCGUCAUGUCCGUAAACUUUAGGGGCCGUCUCUGCGGCUUGGACAAGAUCCAUGCAGGCAACUACAAGGGUGGCGUCCAGUUCUGGCCGGAAGAGUUUACGAGUCCGGCCUGUAUCAGGUCUUCCCUGCAAGCUCCUGCCUUUCGUGCUGGCCGCGCAGACGUGCCGGGCUUCCUCCGGAGCAUCCAUGGCCGAGUUGGUGUGGUGACGAACUGGGCAACUGUGUGCGAGGAGCUACACUUACAAGACUGCCAGCAGCAGCUGCACCUGCCCGUCCUGGGGGAGAUCCAGGUCAAUGGCGCGAUGAUCAUCUUCUGCCCUGGACCAGGCAAGCUCGGAGUUGUCAUUGGCGAGCGCCGGCUUCUCCCGAGACAGCCGCCACUAGAGGUGGUUCGAAGGAUAUGCUGA